AUGAAUGGGACUUUUUUCAACCAGACUGUUGUAGAGCAAGGGGUUUAUACCAACCGGACCCAGGAUCUGGGAACUCUGAUGGGCUGCUGCAAUGGGACCGGGUCUGUGGUGGCAAGUGAUGGGGGAUCUUCAGUCUUGCUGCCUGAUGAGAGGAACCUCUAUAUCACACGGGUGGUGCAGAUUGCAGUGCUCUGUGUCCUCUCCUUGACUGUGGUGUUCGGGAUCUUCUUUCUGGGCUGCAACUUGCUCAUCAAGUCAGAGAGCAUGAUUAACUUUUUGGUGAAGGACCGCAGACCCUCCAAGGAUGUGGGAGCUGCCAUCAUGGGGCUUUAUUGA